AUGCGCUCUGCUUCGCCCCCCCGAAAGUUUCCGGGCCACGGCUUCAAAGUGAUCAGCAAUAUCGAAAAGCUAGAGGAAGAGAAUUGGGAGUGGUACAAGCCAGGCCUCUUCUACCCUGUUUGUAUUGGCCAAGUCUUCAAUUCACAGUACAAAGUCUUGGGCAAACUUGGAUACGGUUCGUGCUCGACUGCAUGGCUCUGUCGCGAUCUCAGGGGACACAAAUACGUUACAUUGAAAGUAUGCGAGAUGAACUCCCCCUCGGUUCGCCGCGAGAUUGCCGCCUACAGUCAUCUGGACACGGUUACGACGAACAACCCGGGAGCCUUACUCGUUCGGGGGCUGCUUGAUUCUUUCAAAGCUAUGGGGCCAGCUGGUGAACACCAGUGCCUGGUUCAUGAGCCUCUUGGCAUGAGCAUGGAGACACUACGGCAGCUGAGUCCUGGCCGAAAGCUCCCCGAACCCCUCCUCAGAGCCUUCUUGACCCAUGUACUGCAAGCUCUUGAUUUCUUGCACACAGAUGCAAAAAUUGUCCAUGCCGACUUGCAAGCGAGAAAUAUACAUCUUAGAAUCGAGGAUGAGUCGAUUCUGAGACAUUUUGAAGCGGCUGAGCUAAGCGACCCAAGCCGUCGCAAAAUCGAUGGAGAUCGGGUGAUUUAUGAGUCUCGAGGGCUUAUACGACCCGAGAAGCCUGGUCGCCCAAUCCUUUGUGAUUUUGGCGAAGCUCGCUUUGGAAAGAAGACUUACAUUGAUGAUAUUCAGCCGUACGUUUAUCGGGCACCAGAGAUUAUACUUGACAUCCCGUGGACCUACAGUGUUGAUAUCUGGAAUGUUGGGGUCAUGACUUGGGAUGUUUUCGAGAACAAGCACCUGUUCAGCGCUCAAGAUAGCGACGGCAGGCGCUCAAGCCUGCAGCACAUUGCCGAAAUGGUUGCCGUGCUGGGACGACCUCCGUUGGAUUAUCUUCAGCGUACGGAGACGUCAUGGGAGUACUUUGAUCGUUCUGGCAACUGGAAAGGCGCGGUUGAGAUCCCAACAAUUUCCUUGGAGGACUCGGAAGAACAACUGGGCGGUGAGAGUAAGGCUCUGUUUCUAGAUUUUUUGCGCAACAUGUUAUGCUGGAUUCCGGAGGAGAGACAGACCGCAAAACAGCUGCUGAACCAUCCAUGGCUGAACAAGUGA